UGAACCAACCAUUGUUUCUGAUGCUUGGGCUCUCCAGUCGGCACUUCCUGUCAUCACAUCAUAAACACAACGCAGAGUCUCGGAGGUUCCCGGAGAGGUGUCAGUACAAGAGUGUUACAUGUGUAUGAAGUUUCUGUCGUUCCAGCAACCAGUGGAGUUUAGGCCAAAGAAAUGAUGCAGAACAUUCAGAGAAUGUGACCAGAACUGCUUUCAUAAGUGUCUGUUAUGACUUUUUAUGGAAUCAAGGACUCACCCGGACUGUCAUAUGCAUUUCUAUAAACACAGUUUUAUCAUUACCUGUCAUAGUAAUGUGCUUAGAGCAGAUUUGAACAUCAGAAGUGUUCAUUUUUCCAUUUUUUUUCUUGUUAGAGACUGAAUCUACAAUUUAAUAAUAUUGAUAGUUUAUUUAAAAGGGGACAGUGCAAUUUGAAAAAUCAAGCAAGUUUUCAUCUGUAGUUCCUUGGACAUGAUGUUAAAAAGCACAAAUACAUAUAAAAUAAAAUAAAAUAAAAUAAAUAAACAAACAUUAACUAUACAAAUAGAUAAUAUACAAAAUCCCAAUGUAACAUUAAAAACAUGAAAACAAAACAACAUUUAAACACAAUAUCAGGUUUAUUUGUUUAUGUGUGCAGCUGUAAGAGUUGAUGAGCCAGAAUUUAAUAAAUUUAAUUUAAAUUUAGUGGAAUAUAAGCUAUUUUGCUGUUUCUUCAGGAAAAAAACACUCCUUAUACUAUUUUCCAAAACUGGAUCAGAAAAUGUAGGGCAUGUUCCUUCCAUGCUGUCCUUGAUGUGCUCGGUUUUUGCUAUUAUCACGAUUUCUUCUUAAUGAUGCACUACUUUUAUCAGCCUUACUUAAAAAUGUGUGUUUGCAGAUAUGAAGAGUCAUCAUGAUUUGUAAGUAGUUCUCCUUUAUUGACAGAAAUGACAAAUCAUUACGUUCUUAUGAAAAAACAGGAAAAAACUGUUUAUAGAUUGAUGAGAAAGGACAGAAACGGUCUUUGCGUGAUUUAAUACAAGGUGGUAAGAAGUGGUUAAAUUCAGGAGACCAGUGGAUGGAAACCUAAUUUUAAAAAUGACCAUGAACAUCAUAAAACCAAACAGAUAAACAGGAAAAAUGAUGAAUAAUUGAUGGGUAAUAUAAAAAAACUUUGACCUAAACAGGGUGAUAUAAAUGGAAAAUGUGCUGAUCGAUAUUAAAGAACAGAUAAUAACAAUCACUAAGCCCUCCAGAGAUUACUUAGAAAGUUAAGACUCUUGCAGCUGAUUGGUUGAGGACCCCCCUCCCUCCCCGUAUGCUGAUAAACUUGCGUGUAUAAAACUGCACGAAAAAUUAAAGAAUUUUAUCCGUUCUUGUGUCUUCGGCUGAGUUCAAGGAACAACAAAGAUGUGGAAAUUGGCUUUUCUUUUGCUCGCAGCCCUGUUUGCUGUUGGGUUUAGUGUAGACACGGAAGGUUUUGUGGAGAUGAAAGCCAAUGAUCAGGGAGUCCAGACAGCCCUGAAGUUUGCCAUGGAUGAAUACAACAAAGCCUCCAGAGAUAUUUACUUCUUCACAGUGGUGAAGGUGAUCCGGGUUCAGAGAAAGUUUCAGGACGGUUACAAGUACAUCCUAACUGUGAUGAUAGAAAGAACGGAGUGCAUCAAGGACAGCAUGGACCCAGUGUGUCCUGUCUUCACUGAUCCCAUUUGGAAAAUGACUUAUCGAUGCACAUUUGUUGUGUACAACAGUGCGUGGUCCCAACGAUGGAUGUUGCUGGAGAAGAAGUGCAACUAACAGAAAACCACACGGGUUCAUCUGGAUUGAAGUUGUUUACAGAUAAACCUGAACUGUUAAGCACUAAAAAACAUUUGACCAAUAAAACCUUUAAUUUAAAAAUCUGCUGUUGUUUUGUGUGACCCUGGUGCAGAAGUUGAGCUAUCGACCUCUGACUUGAACAAAGAUCUCCAACCUGUUCCUCCAGAUCCACAUGAGGUUCUUUUAUCUCUCCAUGGUGGCUCCUUGGCCAAACAUAAAAUAGGUCAUGGAGACUGCUGACCCAGACAUGUUGACUGUAGGAGUCAGCAGCUCCCCCUAACCAAAACUACCUAUAAUACAAAUGAUCAAAGCCAGCAAACUAAGACUACCAAGGUUCAACCCCAAGCUAAAAUAACAAACCCAGCAGUGAAAGACUGCUGAGGACAGAGAGGGAAAAAGAACAAAAAAAUAAAAGAAUGUAGGUAGGUAUCACAUUUUGAGAGAUGCUAAGUUU